GACAUUUGCUGAAUAUUAAUUUAUAACAUUUAUUCCACGUAAAAUUUACAGCUUAAAUGGGCAUUAAUUUGAUGCAAGAAAAUAUGCAACAAUUCACUCCGCACCUCCGUGUGUUACUGGAAAUAACACAAACAUCAAAGUGCUCUCAAUGAGUCGAAAUAAUUUCAAGCUCACUGCAGUCUUACUAAUACUUGCUCUGUGAACCUCAUUCCCUCUAUUCGCGCAACACGCUUAGAUAGAUUUAACAGCAGGACCGAGAAAGCAGCACGCAUAUAUAUCAUUGCUGCAUGGAAUAUUACCAUACGAUCUCAUAUCGUAACGAGAACUGAUUGUUUCUUGAGAUUAGAGUUGACUUUGGCGAUGAUCGAUCCGUGCGAGUAUAUUAGGAACAAGCUGAGACGUAAACCAAAGUUGUAUACCAAAUUUUUUUUACUAAUCAAAUCAUAAGGUAUGACGAUAACACAUGCACAACGACGUUUAUCAAGCAACAAGACAUAACUCGGACGGCUAACGAAGGGAACACGAACCGAGUAUUAACGGCAGAUAAAGCAACAACAAAACGGAUGGUCCUGGAUCAAAUGUUCGAAUCCACUUCACCACCAGCAUUCGAAAAUGAGGACGACGGAAGUGGAAGCUAUCACGAAAAUCACUACGAAAGCACUUCCAUGAACAUUCAACGCGCGUUGGUAAUAUUUGCUUUCCUACUCGUGGGUGUUGGUGUGAUCAGCAAUCUCAUCAUCAUAAUUUCGGCGCGUCAAUUGCCGCUGAUACGCAAGAAAGGCAUAACAACGGGCUCGAGAUAUUACAUCAUUAACAUGUCACUGGCCGAUCUUUGCGUUUUGAUUGUGGCGUCGGUGACCAAUCUUGCUCAAUUGUUACACCCAUGGAGUCUUGGAGAAUUUAUGUGUAAGCUACUUCUUCCAUUACGGGAUGUCCUUAUUCUUGUUUCACUGGUAACCAUAACGGCUCUCAGUUUAGAGCGGUACUUGUUGAUCACACGGCCACUUCAACAUCAGGGAAACAAAAGCAUCGCAAAAUUUGUGUUGAUGUGCAUUUGGCUCGCGUGUUUCCUUGUCAACGGAAUCCCGCUGCUGCUAGUUACAGAGCUCACACCCGUAGAAAAUGGUUCGUUGUGUCGGUUAAAUUAUCCAUCAAAAAAACUAAUGACGAUUCACAUUUGUUUCGGCAUAGCAAUAAUCAUGAUACCAUUCAUCGUGGUUGUGUACUGCUAUAUUGCUAUCGGUAUCAGGUUGAAAAGUGUCUACAAGAGACGCCGUCAAACGAUGGUUCCGGAAACCGACGAGGGAGGCGGCAAAAACGCGGUCACGCUUAUCUUGCGCAGCAAGCGUCUUGUCAAGGUAUUAACCAUAUUGGUAAUUGCUUUCGCCGUAUGUAAUUUACCUGCAGUGCUCUAUACGCUCGUGCACUUCUUUCAUACGAUCAAGCGAUUUGAGCAUCAGGAGAUCGUGUUCACCUUCUUUCAAUGCAUGAUGGUAUACGGCAGUGCAAUCAACCCACUCCUUCUGCUCUUGAUGGCCUCCGAGUAUCGUCUGUGUAUUACGGAUAUGAAGAAAAACCUCGCGAAGGCCAGAGGAGCAUUUCGUGUGCACUUUACGAAGAACCAGUCAGAUCAGCAAUACUGCGCUAUUCUGAAGCACAAAAACUUACCAGUAACACCAUUGUGAUGGAUAACACUAACUUAAACAUAAGCAUAGCUCAGAGGCUUUCCACAUCAAGUAAAAUGGAGUGGCAUAAUGACCUUACAUCUUACAUGUAACUCCUUAUAUGACAGGAAAACGAAACACUAAAAAUUAGCUAAAGUUCGGCGAUGCAGAACAUGUCCACAAUUUCCAAUAAAUCGAUGUAAAACUUCAGUAUUCCAUAAUUAGGAAUUUCAACUACCGCAUCUAAUUGACCGAUGAUCUCCUUUUUGUCAAAACUGUAUUAUCAUGCUAUAUGCCUUUGAAGUGCCCGUACCAGCAUGAACUUUUAUUGGUGUUAUUAAAACUACGUGUGAUUUCUAACGCCAACCAAGGUAGUUGGAAUAUACAUUCGUGUUGACCAGUCUCUUGCCAACGUCAUAAGUCGUUCCACACUUUUCCUGACGACGAACGAUGCUCGUAAAAAAGAGCAUUUCCCCCAACUUUGAAUCGCAAUAAAAGUGGAAUGAUUUGACCAAAUCGAAAACUUUUUUCAUUCAUACUUGAGAAAUCACACCUUAAUCUAAUACCGCAAAUCAAAAUUUUUGCUAAAAGAGGCACUUUAAUGACUAACUUCCAAAACGUUAUUGCGUAUAAAGUUAUACAAUUGUAAUAAUUUUAUUUUUAUUGUAAUAUAUUUGACUGCUCCUGUAUGGUAAUUUAGGGUUAAUUGUUAAAUAAACCCAAUCCGAACUAUGUAACCAAAUAGCUACAAGUUUUUAUCUUUUUUUAAUUACUUGAAUUGUUAAGUGUGAGCAAUAAUCUUUGAAAAUCAUCAACCAUUGUAUACAGAAGGCAAAUUAGGGGAGUGUUCCUCAAAAAAUGGGGUUCACAUCCCCACCCACCUAAUGUGCGCCUUUGAUUCCAUACAAUAACUUUAUUGGGUUGCAACGCUCGGAUUGGCUAAAAUAUAGCUAUGUAUUUUUAUUUAAAUCAUUUCAGAAACACGAUAACGUGGCUCACAGUAACGGAUUGUGUUGAAAAAUUGUUAUAUUUCAACAUUUAAAAUGCCCAAUACGAAGCAAAUUUUAUCAUUAAUGACAGAACUAUAGUGAAUGUCUUGUAACUUGUAAAUUUCCUGUUUUCUUGCAUCUUUUUUCGGGAAACGAAAGAAGUGCAAAGCAAUCUUUGAUUUGGUAUAAGAUACCAUGGAUAUAACAUAUAUAGAAAUGACGAUAGUGUAAAAUUAUACCAGCUUUGACCUUGCAAUACUGUAUACCCAAUUUAAAAUAUUUAAAAUAACCAAA